AUGGAAAACAAAGAACAAAAUGUUAUGAGAGAAAUUAAAGUGAACAAAUUGGUUCUCAAUAUUUGUGUUGGAGAAUCGGGUGAUAGGCUAACAAGAGCAGCAAGAGUGUUGGAACAAUUAACUGAGCAGAAACCAAUAUUUGGAAAAUGUCGAUUUACUAUAAGAUCUUUUGGUGUUAGAAGAAAUGAAAAGAUAUCAUGUUUUGUAACUGUAAGAGGUAAGAAAGCAUUAGAAAUAUUAGAGAAAGGAUUAAAAGUAAAAGAAUAUGAAUUAAGAAGAAAAAACUUUUCAGAUACUGGAAAUUUUGGAUUUGGAAUUCAAGAACAUAUUGAUUUAGGUAUUAAAUAUGAUCCAUCCACAGGUAUAUAUGGUAUGGAUUUUUAUGUUCAUUUAUCAAGGUCAGGUUAUAGAGUUACAAGAAGAACAAGAAGAAGAUCGAAAAUCUCAAAGACUCAUAAAGUUACUAAAGAAGAUGCAAUGAAAUGGUUUCAAACCAAAUUUGAUGGUAUUUUAUUAAAAUGA